AUGCCUAAGCAGCCCUCUUCAACAAGAAAUGUAAAGCAGCCCAAAGUCCGCCGUAACCACUCAGGCUGUCGACCAUGCCGUAGAAGAGGAAAGCGGUGCGAUGAGGAAAAGCCUAGCUGCGGGGCCUGCCAGAGGUUGUCAUUGGAUUGUAGCUACGGUAUCGACUUUACUUUCCAUAGCCUGGACAGAGCAUUUUUUCAGACGCAGCUAGCAGAUCAGAAAGCAUCAACUCGAUCAAGUACGAUUUCGAAACGAACUACAGCGAAGAUUGUGCAGGACCCGAAAAUUAAGAUUGGAUUGCCUGACUACUUGAACAGACUGGCAACCUCUCAUGCACCACCAACUGUCAGCACGCAACAUGAGAUAGAGCUUCGAUACUUGAACCAUUUUCAGACUCAUGUGCGCCAUCUCCUUCCAGCAGCUUCGCUGCAACUUGUCGACAGAUCCCUACAGUCCCUUGGAUUACGAUUCGCCGUGCUUUGUAUAUCGGCAUCCAAUCUCUCAAUGCUCAAUGCAGGGGUUCAGAGCCGCGUUGUACCAAAUGAUAGCCGAAAGUCGGUUUUCAGCCCAGUCGUCAAUGGCCUGCAUCACAGUAACGCCCAAAAAUAUCACGAUUUGGCGCUGUGGAAUUGCCGCACUGCGGAGCAUGACGGGAUCAAAAAUGAAGCACCUGCGCUACUCGCUGCACACGUUCUUCUGGCGUAUUACCACCAUGCAUCCACCGAUCAUCUACGAUUUCGAUUCGCCGUGAAGGAUGCUGUCCGAUUCGUUUUGCAGAACAGGGCGACUAUCGCCAAUUCUCCAGAUGGUCCUGACGCAUUGCAAAUGUGGUACCGUCUCUGCGCAUCCCACCGACCAGCAAAGCCACCAGCCUUGCUUCUUGAAGGCGAGGGAGCAAGUUCCUUUGGGCCGAAUCUUCUUCCAGAUGUUACUGAGCAUACCUAUCUCAAUUGCAUCGUGGGGAUGGGUGUAGACGAUCUUAUCUAUGACAUUCUUAUCAAAACACUGGAAAUCCGGACCAAGUUGGUGGUAUUUCGUUGUGUGGCAGCCAUCCGUCAGGUCUCUGAGACCUCAAGUGAUAUUGGCCCUCUUACACAUGAAGUGAUGAAUAAAAUGCUUGGGCGAGAAUGCGGGCCGGAUGAAUAUGCGGAAGCCCGGGAUAGCUUUAUGCGCGGUUCAAAUUUGCUAGGCUUGCUGGAUGUACAAAAGGAACGUUUGAAGGUUUGGCGAUCGCGACUUAGUGCGGAACAGUUGCGAGCCCAAGGCGACUCUACUCCUUGCAUACAAAGGAAAACGACCCCUGAAGUCUCAAACUUACCCAUAGGCCAACAAUUUCUGACCCAUCGAGAUGCCAUGAACGCCUUGUACAGUUUGCUUUGCGAAAUGGCAUUCGAAGAUGCCAAGCAAGCUUUCGCAUCACACCACACGUCUACAGUUGUUGGAGCCGAUCCUUCACAUGUCAUUGCCGAUAUGGCUUAUAGUGCGUGCCACGUUGCUAAUAGUCUUGAUCUGGCCGUGUCGAAUACGUCGGACAUCUACACGCUGAGCCUAGCAGAGGUCUUGCUUCAACUUGUAUUUCUCUGGCGGUCGGAUGAGCUUUUUACCUACAUCCUGGAUGUUUUAUGGCCCCAGCUUGAGACGCAUGGAAAGGGCUACGAGCACUCCCACUACCCUACGCAUCUCGUCAAGCGUAUUAUAACUCAAACUGCAGUAUACUGGGAGCAAGGUCGAGUGGUAAACUUUGCCCUGCCAGCAGUCGCAGAGAAUAUAUCGAAGUUAAGCCUGUUGGAUAUUGACCACCCGAUAGACCUGGUGGUGUGCGGAUAUAACACGGAUGGCAUGUAUUUCAUCGAGAAAAUCCCGCUGCCUUGA